AUGGAACUCGACAGAAGUCCGACAAGUUUAGAUAUGAUGGUUGCUAUGGGUAACAAGGUCGAAGUUAUUCACCUGAAUAAGGCGCAGGAUAAUGGUUACAGAGGUGUCAUUAUACAAUGUCACAUUUAUUCAUGGAAAAUGUCCAUGAGAAAAAAGUCAAGUUAUCACGGUAACUUUGUGUUUGUUUUCCUAUGCAUGGGAAAUAUUUUUUUUACAACUUGGUCAAUACCGUCUGUACUGACUACUGAUCGACGUUAA